AUGUUUAGGGGUAUGCGUCUCCCUAGAAAAAAAGCACUGUAUACGAAAAACCCUGAAAGGGGAGAGCAGACGAAACAAACCGAGAAGACAGUGGCCGUCCGUUUUCCCUUCUGGAAAGGUUUAAGCCUUGCUGUCCCCCCAUUAAAGGUCAUGGGAAGGGAACACGACUUGCACAUAUUCCCGCGGACGCCCCGGAACAACCAGCGGGUUAGUUUUCUCCCUGGCAAACGUCAACCUCUGUCCGCGAGGCUGAGGGAGCUGAGCAACCGCCUCCCUCCUCCUCCUCCCAGUCUCCACCCCUGCCAGGAGCGGCGUGUGUCGCAGAAGCAGCACCCUCCGAAAAGAGCCCGUCUCCUCCCGCGGAGCUGCGGCGGGCGAGGAGGGCGGAACAUGUUUGUGCCGGAACCACUGCGCCGCUGGGUUGGGCAGCCAGACGGAGGGAAUGACGCGGCUACGAAACGGCCAAGGCGAAGCAGCCCUUAG